CUGGGUCGGAACUGGCUCCUUUCCCCCUGUCCCUCGGACCCUGACACAGAGGACGAUGGAGCUUUCAUACCAGACCCUCAAAGUCACGCACCAGGCGCGGGAAGCGUGCGAGAUGAGGAUGGAAGCACGGAGGAAAAAUCUUCUCAUUCUGAUUUUGCAUUACUUAACACAAGAAGGCUACAUUGAUGCAGCCAAUGCCUUGGAAAAAGAAACAAAACUGGGGUUACGACACUAUGAAGUCUGCGACAAUGUUGAUCUUGAAACAAUUUUGAUGGAAUACGAGAGCUAUUAUUUUGUAAAAUUUCAGAAGUACCCCAAAAUUGUCAAAAAGGCAUCAGAUACAGCAGAUAAUAAUUUACCACCAAGAAGUGGAAGGAAGGCCAGAAGGACCGUGAAUGACAGUUAUCAAAACCUUCCUAAAAUCCACCAUCAGCGACCGAGGUCCAAACCCAUGAUGGGGAAGGCAGGGGACCCCAGACAUCCCUUAAAGGAGCAUCCUAAAGAGGAGUGUGUCAGCAACACAUCAACAGAGAACACACAUUUUGGCUUGUCUGUGUCAGGAAUCCGCAAGGGCACCGCUGAAGACACCGGCAGAGCGCACAGAGGCCGAAUCAUUGACUUCCGGGGGCUGAUCACAGAUGCCAUCAAAGGAACAAGCAGUGAGCUUGAGCUGAACAGCUUCAACUGUAACCCUGACCCCUCGGAGCGGCUUUUGAAACCUCUGAGUGCUUUCAUUGGCAUGAACAGUGAGAUGCGAGAACUGGCAGCCGUGGUGAGCCGGGACAUUUAUCUUCAUAAUCCAAACAUAAAGUGGAAUGACAUUAUUGGACUCAGUGCCGCCAAGCAGUUAGUCAAAGAAGCUGUUGUGUAUCCUAUAAAGUACCCGCAGCUCUUCACGGGGAUUCUCUCCCCUUGGAAAGGACUGCUGCUGUAUGGCCCUCCAGGUACAGGAAAGACACUGCUGGCCAAAGCAGUGGCCACGGAAUGCAAGACCACGUUCUUUAACAUUUCUGCCUCCACCAUUGUCAGCAAGUGGAGAGGGGACUCAGAAAAACUUGUUCGGGUGCUGUUUGAACUCGCCCGCUACCAUGCCCCCUCCACCAUCUUCCUGGACGAGCUGGAGUCGGUGAUGAGUCAGAGGGGCACAGCGCCCGGGGGCGAGCAUGAGGGGAGCCUGCGGAUGAAGACAGAGCUGCUGGUGCAGAUGGAUGGGCUGGCUCGCUCAGAAGACCUGGUGUUUGUCUUAGCAGCCUCGAAUUUGCCGUGGGAGCUGGACUGUGCCAUGCUACGCCGCCUGGAGAAGAGAAUCCUGGUGGACCUGCCCAGCCUGGAGGCCCGGCAGGCCAUGAUCCACCACUGGCUGCCGCCUGUCAGCAACAGUGCCCUGGAGCUGCGCACAGAGCUGGACUACAAACUACUGGCCCGAGAGACUGAGGGCUACUCAGGCUCAGAUAUUAAACUCGUCUGCAAGGAGGCAGCCAUGCGGCCUGUGCGCAAGAUCUUCAAUGCCCUGGAAAACCAACAACCAGAGAGCAGCCAUUUGCUUGGGGUCCGGCUGGAGACCGUCACCACGGCCGACUUUCUGGAUGUGCUAGCCCAUACCAAGCCUUCAGCAAAGAAUCUGACUCAGAAAUACACCGCCUGGCAGAAAGAGUUCGAGUCUGUUUAA